AUGAAUGCACGCGCUGUUGACAUCUCGCGACGUACCCCACCAUUUAUGUACAUAUCAAAAAGUCACAUGAGAUAUAGGUUGCUGACUCCUCUUAAAGAACUUGCAGGGUUAUGGCUAGAAUUUGAGAUCAAAAACUUAGUCACAUCUCAGCCCAGCCAGGGCUUCUGUCUUGACAUUGUACUCCUAGGUGAGGAUAUAGAGUGUUCUUCAUAUUCUAGAGAGCGAAUGCUUAAAUUCUGUACUAUAUCUACGGUGACUGGAUACUUAGAUGAGGACCAGUUGAUGGAGCUCUACUUGUAUCAGGUUGUUGGAAAUCUAAGUCUCAAUUUCCCGCACAUGGCCAAUAGCCUAGAAAAUAUAGCGCCUAAUUUCAGUCCGCUGCCCUCGGAUGAUUUUAGCAGCUCUGGCUUUGGCUCUGCUCGCGUCCCGCAACGUCAAAGUGUCAAGAAGGUCAACUGAGCUGUUUCUUUUUUUGCUUCGCAGAGCACUAUAGUUCAUCAAGAAUGAGGUAGACAUCUGUGGUAAAAUGGGAGUUUUUUCCCCCCCGGUCUCUUCUCAAAUCAAUCAACUUCUUCAGCCCAUAAAAAACAACAAAUUACUGGAGUCGUAAGCGUCUUACGAAACAUCUCUCCCUCGUUCGCUAUAGCCUACUUUCGGA